AUGCAGCCAAGACUCCUCCUGGGAAUCAACUCUCCGCUCCAGCAUGGCGCUGUAGUGGAGAGAGACCCAAUCAGGGCAGGGACAGGGUUUUUACUCACCCUGAUACAUCAUUUCCAAAAGAGCGAUGAUGUGCGGCCCAUCCUGGACCUGGGCUCCCCCAAGGGCUGCACCGCCAAACAGCGCAACAGGGAUGUCUUUGGGAUUGGUUGGGGCGGUGAGCUCGGCCCACCACUGUUGGGGCUGGAGGUGGUGCGGCUGGUUCUGGCUCAAUUUGUGACCAGAUAA